GUGUACACAGCUGCAUGUCGGUAUAGCGCGGUGUUCAGCAAGACUCGUGAGUUGAUUGUAUAGCAUUAUUUAUUAAAACGACAGGCAUGGAUUUGUGCUUUUCAAUGAAGUUAUUAUACGCAAGAACAGUUUAGUUUUGGAUGUUGCCAAAAUAAUUAUUAGUGUCGACGGUAGAUUGUGUGUGAUAUUCAAUGCUUGUUGUAUGUUAAAAGAAAAGUGUUGUUUGAAUAGCACUUGUGAAUUUUGUCACAUAAAGUGCUAGCGGGGAUCAAGUAACGUUUAAAGGAGCUCUCUGUCCUGUUCGCACAUUAGGACCGGACCUCACUUCGCCGCCAACUGCUGGACACGGACUGCGUAGGACCAGACAAUUGUUAGGCGACAUGUCCAGAAAUCCCUUCCUGCCGUGUUUCAUGCUGCUCUGUACGCAGGUUGUGUGCGGUCUGUCGGACACCAGUGCCGUGACCCGCCAUGCCCUGGCAACGGGCUGGGUCACGUGGUCGCCAUGGGACCCGUGUCCAGGUCGCUGCGGCCCGGCUGUGACGUCACGGACACGCGCUUGCCGCUCAGGAGAGUCUGACAGAAGCUGCGAUGGCAAUUCAAAGGAAGUGAAACUCUGCAAACAAACGGCCUGUGCCGCCGAGGAGGCGGGCCCGUGCCAGGAGCUGGAGGCGAGGGUGUUUGGAGGCAAGCGCUACCGCUGGCUACCAUACUCACACCCACGCAAUGUCUGCGAGUCGGCGUGCCGGCCAAUGGGGGCGGGCUUCUAUCUUGGCCUCGGUACGUCCCUGCCAGACGGCUCACCGUGUCAGGACGACAGUAACGUGUGUCUCGAGGGCAAGUGUCAGGCGGUCGGCUGCGAUGACGUGGUUGGGUCACGUGCUGUCUAUGACGUGUGUGGCGUGUGCGCGGGGGACAACACGUCCUGCUCCACAGCCAAAUACGAGUUUACUGACCACGUCAAGUUUGGCUACCAUACAUUCGCCACUAUUCCACGAGGGUCCAAAAACAUUCAGGUUAAGGAGGUGACAGGAUCAUCCAGAAACUAUCUCGCUAUCCGUGCGGCAGACGGCUCUCUCAGCAUCAACACCGACUUCCGCUUGACUCGGUUCGGCUCAGUGGACGGAGCGGGCACGACGUUCUUAUACAGCCGACAGGCCGACCCAGAGUGUCCCGACGAAUGCAUCACCGCAACCGGUCCUACAACAGUGGAUAUCGACUUGAUGGUUCUGGCGUACAGCGACAAUACUGGUAUCCGUUACUCGUACAGUGUCCCGAGCCAGGGGCUGCCUGCAAAAGGAGAGAACACCGCUCCCAUGGUCUUCAUAGAUGGAGGUCCAGUAUCAGAGCAGCACGAUAAGCACAUGUACACCAGACCUAUCUUCUCGCAGGACUUCAAAUUCAAACCUUCAGCCAGCCAAGUAGCGAAUGCGUACACUAGACCGGCGGAAACCGAUGGCGAGGGGCGUGUUUCCCCAGAGGACGAAGGGGAGCAGGCCCGCGUACUCGUGGUCAGCCCGCCGCAGCGAAUGGCCGACGUCCUGAACAAGACAGACGCCCUGCAAUCUUCCCGUGCAGUCGUGGUUUCCAUAGGAGAGGAUGGGGAGACGGACGCCGAGGCGGAGAGCCCUGUGUACGGUGGCGGUGGUGACGGAGUCGCGGUUGGGGACAUGUACCGCAGCGAAAAUAGCCUGCUGUCCCCGUACUCAUGGCAGAUAUCAGAGCACACUGAAUGCAGCCAGACCUGCGGACAAGGGAAACAGACUGCCGUGCUGAAGUGCAUGGUUACCGAGAAGGGGGUUGCAGUGGAAGACGCCUACUGCGCUGACCAGGAGCGUCCCAACGUACCCACCCAGGCAUGUAACUAUGGACCUUGUCCGCCCAGCUGGAAACGCUUAGAUUGGAGUACGUGCAGCGUCACGUGCGGCAUGGGAACGCAGGUACUGAAGUACGUCUGUAUGACAACGGACGGUCAGGAGGUUGCCAGCUCGCUGUGUGGGACCUCUCAGCCCGGACAGGAGGCGCGCACGUGCGAUGCAGGUUCCUGUUCCGCGGGCUGGUACUUUACGGAGUGGACGGACAGGUGUUCUGCAAAAUGUGGCGAAGGAACGCUAACACGUGGGGUAAAGUGCGUAAGUCCAGCUGGUGGCGGGCGACAGGCCUGUCCGGAAGGAGAAAAGCCGGAGAACGAGAAGGCCUGUAAAGGAAGCCAGUGCGGCGGCAUCUGGCUCACGGGGCCAUGGUCACAUUGCAACGCCAGCUGCGGACUUGCCGUGCAGACUCGAGAAGUCGUCUGCGCGUUCCAACAGGAUGGCCAGAUCCGGAUCGUGGCUGAGAGCGCAUGCGUGGGCGAGGAGAGGCCGCCGACCAGCAUGGGAUGUGACCAGCCGCAGUGUGAGCCACAGUGGUUCAUGGGCGCAUGGGGGCAGUGUUCGAUGACGUGCGGUUCUGGUUACCGGUCCCGUGAUGUGCGCUGUAUGGAUGUGGACGGGCGUGCCCGGACCACGUGUCCAGUCAGCAGCAGACCGCUAGACAGACAGCCGUGCAAGACGAGACUGUGUACAGACAAAGCGGAGUACACAAGCGUCAGACGAGACUCGAACCCAACGCCAAACCCAAUCAGCCACCCCGGGGAGCCCGAGUGUGUGGACAGCUUCGUGCAGUGCCGCCAGGUGCUCCACAACCGGCUGUGCCAGUACAAGUACUACCAGAAAAUCUGCUGCUCCUCGUGCAGGCGCAGUCAGGCCACGUGAGCAAUCGAGCCGCGCCUGCCGCACACGCGUGAUGAUGGGUUGGGUGGGGAGUAGUAUCCUCCAUGAAGCAAAUACUCUGUAACAUACACUAUAGGAUAUGAAAGCUGUGGAUUGUACAGUGGUUGUGCAACAACAAUGCACCACCCAAUCUGGGAUUUUGCUAAUGUAAGGUUCACCAAUGUCGUAUUCCUCCAAAUACAAAAUUAUUAUAUAUGAACAAACACUGUUGUUCUGCUGUGAGACUAAGCACCUUUUACUAGAUUUGUUUGUUACAUAUAUCAUUUAUUUUUAUCAGACAUAAUACUGUUUUGUCUGGCUAUGUAAAUAUUAACACUGUAUGCCUUUUUACAUUUCAUACGUUUUAUUUUUGUAAAUAAACAUGUAUGAAUCGAAUUCCGGUAUGCAAGAGUAUACAUACAGUACAGCAAUGUAUCAAUAUCUUAUAAUUACAGAAAAUACAUUGUUAAACACU